CUCAGCUGGAGUGUCUCCCUCCUGGCAUUCCCUGUUAGAGCCCAGGCUUAGUAGGUACUGAGGCCAGGCCCUGGGGGUGCUGGGUGGCUCUCAUGGUGCAAGCCCAUUUGCUUUGUAACUAGCUUUGCUGCAUAUCUCCUACACUAGGGCAUGUCGCUGGACUGUGUGGAGAUCUCCCUGUCUCGUGUCUUUGAAAGUGGCCAGGCUUAUGUGGCCCUUUCCCGAGCUCGGAGCCUCAAGGGCCUCCGUGUCCUGGACUUUGAUCCCAAGGUUGUGAAAGCCAACCCACAAGUGCUGCAGUUCUACAGUCAGCUGCGAAGGGACCAAAUUCUCAUGCAGGCACCUCUACACAGGUAUGCUGACACCGAUGAGAAGGAGAAUUGGGAAUCCAGCUGAGGACAGAUGGGCUACCUCAGACACAGCAAGGACCGCUCUGUUGUCAAGAAUCUCUUGCUGCAGGUGGAAUCCCAUAGUUCUUGGAAUGCGUUUGCUUCCUCGUGCUCACGUGUGGAUUUGGAGCCACGGUGUGAAACAUUCAGAUGUUUUGGCUGAUAACAUUUUCUCUGGAGAAAACUCAUCUUGUGCCUGUCCAGAGUGGGAGGCAGUGUCUCUAUACUCUCUCUUCCCAGUAUGUGCAGUUGUGAGCCAUGGGACUUUGAAGAGGCCAAGUUGGUAUCAUGGAGGACUUCCUCUUCUUAAGAGCUGCUAGCUUGGGGAGGGGUGGAGGCGUUGUUGCACAGAAGAGGUGCUGUUGAACAGCUGGAGCUUGCUUCUCUGCUGCAAGCAGGCUAGCUCUGGCUCUGCACGAGCCACCCUCUGGCUGUCGCUCUGUAGGCCAUUGAGUGCAGCAUCAUGCUGCUUGCAGUACUUUGUACCCCCUGCCUUUUUCCUCUGGCUGUAGGCAGGGCUCAGCACUUGCAGUAUUUGGUGAAAUUAGGUGGAAUCAUAAACCCUCUCUUAAUUUUGAAAAACUUUUAGAUUCAAUAAAAAG